AUGAAUAUUAAGGAUAGGACGUCAGAAUUCCAGCGAAGUGUAGUAUCAUAUAAGAAACUUUAUAAAGUAGGCAACCAAGAUGCAGGAAAUAAAGCAAGAAAUAAUCCAUCAUCCGAAUUUCAGCGAAAUGCAUCUGUAAUUGCUAAAGAGAUAUCAGAUACAGCACAAUUGCUUUCAAAGCUAGCUAUUCUAGCCAAAAGGAAACCCAUGUUUAAUGAUAAUCCGGUAGAGAUUGCAGAGCUAUCAUUUUUAAUUAAGAGAAAAAUUUAUUCUAUUGAACAGCAAUUAAUAAAAUUAAAUCAAAUAACAAGAAACAACAAUACUGGUGGUAAUAAUAGUGUAAAUACCAAAUCGCAUUCAUCUAAUGUUAUUAAUUUGUUAAAUAAGAAAAUGAAGAAUAUUUCAGGUGAUUUUAAGAGUGUAUUGGAGGAAAGACAAAAAUUGGAAUUAAUUAAUAAAGAUCGAUGGGUAAAGAUUACUGAAAAUACCACUGAAUCAGCUUUUGAUACACCUGAGCCAGUUGAUAAUAAUACUUCCACAAACGACGGGCAUUUGCAUGAACAAAAGGAUGUGAUAGGUUAUAAUAGUUCCAAUCCUUUCAUGUCAUCUUUAAUCGAUGAAACCGAAAAUAUAAAUUCGAACACUAAACUAAUAUUACCCAACAGUGAAUCUCAAUUAUUGCUAAUGGAGGAAGGUAUGCAAGAUAACGUAUAUUUACAGGAAAGAAACAGAGCUGUGGAGACUAUUGAGAGUACAAUUCAAGAAGUGGGUAAUUUAUUUCAACAGUUAGCUUCUAUGGUUCAAGAACAAGGUGAAGUUAUUCAAAGAAUUGACGCAAAUGUUGAUGAUGUGGAUUUGAAUAUCUCUGCUGCACAAAGAGAAUUACUCAAGUAUUUUGAUAGAAUUAAAAGUAAUAGGUGGUUGGCUGUAAAGAUUUUUUUCAUUAUAUUUGUAUUCUUUUUAAUAUGGGUACUUGUUAAUUAG